AGGGUUAUCUGUAUAUCUUCUAGAUUGUCAUGGUGCCUAAAGGUUGAAUUUGUUUUUAGUUUUCAUAUUUUUCUUAUUAAUUAAGAAAUAAGCAACAAUAAUAAUAACAACAAGAUGAAUAGAUUGGUAAUGAACCACUGUCGCUGCAUAAAAAAAUCUACUCUAUUAUGGGAAACCAGACAAUAUCAAAAUAUACCCUAUAUAACGCUGUCAAGGUCACUCUGUUAUUACACCACACAACCACUGAAGUUGCAGCAUGUUAUCACUGAUAAACCAUCAAAUACAACAAUAUUUUCUCCAUUUUAUUUAAGACACCUAUCUACUAGCAAGUGUUAUUUAGAAAAGGAACCAUUGAAACCAUCUUCAAAAGUUGAAACAACAGUAGUUACAAUAAAAAAAGAAAUUGAAGAAAAAGAAAAGCUUCCAAAGAAACAAGAGCCGAAAAAGAGUUUAAAAGAAAAAAUUAUGACAGAACUCAGGCAUUACUAUCAUGGUUUCAGAUUAUUAUUCAUAGAAGUGCGCAUUUCAGCAAGUUUGUUGUUUAAGAUACUAAGAGGAAAGUCUUUAACAAGAAGAGAACAUAGGUUGUUAGUCACAACAAUUGGAGAUCUCUUCAGAAUGGUACCGUUUAUUGUGUUUAUUGCAGUGCCAUUCUUAGAAUUUGCACUACCACUUUUCAUCAAAUUAUUUCCCAAUAUGUUACCAUCUACAUUUGAAAGUACCAGCCAAAAGGAAGCAAAGUUAAAACAACAUUUGAAGGUAAAGCUUGAGAUGGCUAAGUUCUUUCAAGAAACAUUGGAUCAAAUGGCACCCCAAGCUGGAAAUAGACAUUCUGAAUUAGCCAAGGAAUUCUCUUUAUUCUUUACUAAAAUAAGAACUUCUGACGAUGUAGCUACUAGUGAGGAUAUUAUGAAGUUUUCAAAACUGUUUGAAGACGAAAUAACACUUGAUUCCUUACAAAGACCUCAUCUUGUUGCACUGUGUAAAGUAUUAAAUGUGUCAACAAUUGGUACAAGUGCAAUGCUAAGGUUUAAUCUGAGAAUGAAAUUGCGUUCUUUAGCCGCAGAUGACAAUAUGAUAGCUAAAGAAGGUGUUGACAGUUUGAAUUUUAGUGAACUACAACAAGCUUGCCGGGCUAGAGGGAUGCGUGCUUACGGUGUGUCUGAGGAGCGUUUACGAAAAGAAUUACGGAAUUGGUUGGACUUAUCACUGAAUGAAAAAGUUCCACCAUCUCUAUUGUUGCUCUCUAGAGCUCUGAUGGUGCCAGAGCAUGUUCCCACAACAUACAAGUUAAAAGCUACAAUUUCGGCUCUACCAGAGCAUGUAGUUAUGCAAACUAAGGCGGCAAUUGGCGAAAAAGAGGGCAAAGUUGACUUCAAGACUAAAAUGGAAGUUAUUCGACUUGAGGAAUUGAGAAUUAAAGAGGAAAACAAAGAAUUAUUGGAAGCAGAGAGAGAAAAGCAAUUGCUUGAAACCAAGAAACAGCAAAAGGAGGAACUUAAGGAUAAGGCUCCCAUUCUUCAAGAUAUUAAUUCAGUGUUAGUGGACACUGCACCAGUUAUUGCUGUUGACACUCCAAAGCCGAAGACAGAUGAAGGAUUAUCAGCCAAGGACAUUGAGGUUAUUGACGAUGCUUUGGAAAAAUUAGCUGAACAAAAGAAGUCUUUGCUUUUGGAGAAGGAAAGUAUUCAAGAGCUGAAGACUGAACUUUUGGACUAUAGCGAGGAUGUUAAAGAAAUGGACGAGAUUGUGAAGAGCAAACAGGCCGAUAUUAAACUUACCAAGGGAGCAAGGAGAUUAUACCGUGCCGUCAACAAUAUGAUAAGCAAAUUGGAUGCGGUUUUAGUAGAACUUGAUAAUAAAGAAAAGGCUCUCAAAACCACAUUGGAGCAAACGAAAUCCGAACCGGAAAAGGCAAAGGAGCAUUUGAUCCAGAUCGAUGAGCUGAUGCAUUCCAUUAAAAGUCUUCAGAAAGUCCCCGAUGAGGCCAAACUGAAGUUGAUUCAAGAUGUUCUGGGGAGAUUGGACGACGAUUUCGAUGGGCAGUUGAAGAUUGAUGAUGUUUUGAAGAUGUUAGAAAUAAUCGGCAACGAGAACGUAAACCUCUCCGAGAAGCAGAUGGCGGAGCUGAUAGAGCUUCUGGACAAAGAAGAGAUCCUGGAAGUGGAGAGUAAGAUACAGAAAGCUCUGGAUAAAGCGGCCAUCGCUGCCAAGGAACAGGAUAAGAAAGAAGAUGGUGAGGGCAAGACCCGCUUUAAGUUGAGUCACAGAAAUGAUUGGCUAUCCACGAGUCUAUUCGACAUAAUCCGUGAAGCGCACAGACGGCGGGUCAUGAAGAAAAAACAAGCUUCGGAAGUAGAAGCGCCGAUACCAAAAAGUGACGUCAAGGCAGAAGAAGGAAAGCGACCGGAAAGCCAUUGAUUUGUAAACGCUAGAUGUCGUUGUGAGCGAGAGAAAUAGUGUCAUCUCGUUCAGACGUAGGGCGUGGGAUAUGAGUUCUCACUUAUAUGAACAUUGGUAUAGGGGUGCAAACGAGAGAAGUGGUGUCGUCUCACUCUGAUAUAGGGGUUUCGGAUAUGCGUUCUCGCCAAUCCAAACACUGGUACGAGCGAGAGAAAUAAUAUAGAUAUGGUUAUAUUGCUGAUUCGCUUGCACAUAGGGCUGAUGAGAGCGAUAAGUUAUACAAAAAAAUGUUUAUUCAAAAUAAUAUGUAAAAAUAACAUUAACUUUUUCUUAAAAUUAAAUUGGAAUUGAAGGCGUCAUGGAAAAUCGCACUGGAUUAUAACUUUUUAUCUGAACCCGAUAGACAGCGACAUCUCGAUAGGAUAAUAAAUAAUAUUUAAAUACUAGUACUUAUCUACUUCUGUAGGAUAAUGGUUCGGUUGCGAAUCUUUACGUGAAAUGAUCGUAUGUAUUUCAAGUAUGUGUUGCGUUCCAAAUUUUGCUAUUUUAUAUAGUUAUGAAAGUGCCAAUAGGUGGCGUUGUAAUCAAAAUAUAAUUUGCAAAAGAAAAAAAUUUAUAUAAAUGCCAUUGGUGCUUGAAUUAGCUUUGAUAAAAAGCUCUUCCUUCCGGUUUGCUGUGUCAAAUUAGGAAGGACUUGUAUCGGAUUGAUAUCUUAUAUUUUUACCUUUUAUAUGUCUUUUCGAUGUAAACUAUGACAAUAAGCAUUUUAUUUAAAUAUAAUCACCAAACUAUUCCGUCACGUACAAAGUUUUAUUUAUUCUAUGGUUCUGUUUUACCGUUCAGAAAUUUAUUUUUUAUCUGUGAUCACCUUGCUGUAGAUUGCUUUCGUUUAGUAGAUAUUAGCACAAAUUCUACUCUUCAUAUUGUUCAGUCUAACAAAAUGUAUGAAGUUUUAAUACUAAGUUUGUGAUAUAAAAGUAUGAAAAUGCAUUAAUCUUUCAUGGGGCUUGUAAAUUGCAUAUAAUGCAAAUAAAGAAUCUAAACCUGUAAUUUAUUUGUGAAGAGUAUUAUUUAAAGUGUAUUUAUUUUAAAGUAUCUGUGAAGUUAUAAAUUACACAAUAUAAUAGAUGCUGAAAAGUCUUUAAGAUAUUAAAGAUGUCGUAAGAUUA